AUGGACUCGCCGACGUAUGACCCCACGACACAUCUAAAUAAAAUAUUUAGUUCUCCCGAUACGUUGAAUGAGCUACCUCAAUUGUUAAACCAUGUGUCGCAGUACAAGAGACAGUUGACAGAGGAGAUUAAUAAAUCGACAGCCAAGUAUGAGAGGGUUGAUUUGUCGGAAGAUAUUUCCCAUCUUGCCACUAGCAUUGGCGAAAUCAAACGCGAUUCCAGUAUGACCAAACAAUCGAUUUCCCAAAUGACAGGCUCGAUACAGAGAUUGGAUUGCACAAAGAAGAAUUUGGUUGCGUCGAUGACCUUGCUAAAGAGAUUACAGAUGUUGGUUAAUGUGAACAACACGUUGAGUUCGAUAUUGCCGAGCCACGACUAUAAGGAGAUAUAUCAGUUGUUGGGUGUUUUGAAGGAGUUGCUACAGUUUUUCCAGCCGUACAAGUCGAUUGACGAGAUAAACCAAAUCAAUCUUAUGGUUGUCCACACCCAGAACAAGUUGAUUGAUGAUAUUUUUAUGGAUUUUGAGGAGUACAAGAACAAGGAUGAAGAGCAGUUGUUGUUUGGCGCCAGAAUUUUGGAAUUGAUUGAUGUAAAGUAUAAGGACAAGCUACUUGCGUGGUUCUACAAUUUACAGUUGCAAGAUUUGCAGGAGAUUUUUAGUGGCGAGGCUGGGUCGUUAGACAAUUUGAAUCGGAGGUUCAUUUAUUUCAAAAACAUACUCAAACAGGUUCAGCAGUAUAAGAUUUUUCCGUGGGACAUUUCUAAUGCCAUAACACAAGAGUUUUGCCAGAUUACUCGACAGGAUAUAUCAAAGUUGUUGUACAACUCCAAAAUCGAGUCAAAGACGCUUUUGGAUAAUUUGACGAAAACGUUGGAGUUUGAAAAGUCUUUGGGUUUGCACAACGAGAUUUCGCUGGUGUUUGAGCCGUACUUGUCGAUCUGGGUGCAUGAGCAGGAUAAGUAUUUGAAUUCAAAGAUGUUGGAGUUUUCGGCCGUACCGCAGUUACCGCCUGACGUGCCCAAUAUUGCUGUGUCGUCGACCGAGUUGUUUAAGAUCUUUAAUCGGUUAUUGUCGCACAUCACUAAGCUUACCAAUGGCGAUACCAUUGUUGAUUUGGCAAGGGUGUUUAACAAGUACUUGCUGGAGUAUAAUCGGAGGAUUUUGGCUCCUAUUUUGUCGACCGACGAUUUUGGUGCUGAGUCGUUGAAAUACUUUACCAUGUUGUUGAACACAGGCGACUAUAUUAUCAACAAUAUUGAAGAGCUUGCCGACAAGAUCCAGAAAACGACAACGCACACUAUUGCGCCGUUCAACACCGACGCGUUUUACCAGUUGAUCAAUAAGAGCAUUUCCAGUUUAUUGCUUAAAAUGUCGAUUGAUUAUAAGCCGUGCUGGCGGGAAUUUUUUAAUUUGGAUUGGGGGCAGUUGGAUUCGGUGAACGAUAUUUCGUCGUACAUGAACGAUUUGAAGAGCAAGACCGCAGAGAACUUGAGGGUGAUUCUUCCGCUCAUUAUCAGGGAUAGCUAUGUGCGUAAUUUUAACGACAAGUUGGUCGAGAUGUUGGUGACCACUAUAGCUAACAACCUCAAGUUUGUCAAGCCAAUGACUGCGACGAGUGUUGAGCAGAUACUUAUGGAUGUGUCGUCGUUGAAGGAGGAUGCGUUGAGGUUUCCGUUGUUUUCGGUUAAAGAUGUCUCCAAGUCGUACCAGAAGUUUGUUAACCACCAGUUUGGGGAUUUGCAGAGCUUGCUUAAGUUGUUGAUGGUGCCGUCAAUUCCCGUUGAAAAUCUUAUUGAGAGCUAUUUUGCGUUGAUUGGCGACAAGUCGGUUAGCAAUUUUGUCAAGGUAUUGAAAUUGAAGGGGGUCGACAAGGCGCAGCACCAUAAGUAUGUUGACAACUUUAAGUUGCAAUUGAGUGUAGAUGAUGGGUCGGUUACAAGCUGUUUGUUGUUGCAGAAUUUGGAGGAGGAGGAAGAGGCGUCACGUGCCGCGACCCCGGAUGUGAAGUUGAAUGAAAAAUUUGAUGUGAGCAAGAUAAACGAGAAUUUUAAAAAUUUUGGUAAAUUUUUCCGUAAAGAUAUAGGUAAUGAAAGUAGUUAA